AUGUCUGCGGGAAACUCAUCUCAGCAAGACGCUCACUAUGAAGCUUGCCACCGGGUGCUGGGCAUAAAUCAGCUUGUGGACCACAUCAUUGGCUCUAUCGGUGAUGAUCGUCGCGAUCACAGAGGAACAAUGUACAAUUUGGCCCUCACCAACAAGACUUUGGCUGACAACACCUUUCGCCACUUGUGGUCGAAGAAGGAAGGCAUCAUCGAUUUCAUCAAGCUGCUUCCCGACGAUAUGUGGAGGGAAGCAGACUCUCUGAAAGGCCGUGGCAAAACGAUCGUGCUUCUCCAGGUUGAUUUCGAGCGUGCAACACGGCUCCGAGGCUAUGCACACAAUUUGAUAGAGUUCAUCUGGCACAUGUUCAACGAGCUCCCUUCGAGUCCAUCGAUUUAUCAUUUCUUUGACAACAUGCCUGAGGGCUUCGUCUUGUUCCCAAAGUUGCGCACUGUACACUGGGAAGGUUGCACCCCUGGUUCACUCGCCCUCCUCCCUGGCAUCCUGGGCCCAUCCGUGAUAGAGCUACAUGUCUCCGACUACAUCCCCGCAUACGCAUGUCACUUCGAGUGCAUACCUAAGCGAUCCCCCAAUCUGCUGCUGCUGGAGAUCAGCAGAUCAACGAUCCCCCUCAACUUAUGCGAAGAAGAUCCCUUUCCCCAUGCCAUCCUAGACGGCCUGAACCUCAGCAACUUCGAGAUAGGUUGUCAGCUCUCCGCACAGGCCUUCCUCACGCUAUCCGCUAUGUCUCGUCUGGAGAAUAUCAGCCUCACGAUCGACGAUAAUGAUGAGUUUGCAUACCUCGACUUUCCCUCCGACGUGCCAUGCCUCCCAUCCCUACAGUCGAUCAACGUCGACACGCCCCUCCUGGAUGACUUCUGUGAGGCACUGGUUAAGUCCACCAGCUCAUCGACGCUGGAAGAUAUCCGCGUUCGAACGAUGUGGCCCGUCGAGACAGACAUGGUCUCAGCCCUCGCGCAAGCUGCGUCGGCCCACCGGCUGCGCAGCUUCGCUCUCAUCGCAGGCGAUGAGGUAUUUGACCAGGACGUGCCUGAAUCCGAGUACGAGGUCACCCUCAACACGCUGUCGCCGCUCCUGCAGAUCUCAUCAAUGAUAGUUCUCCACCUCGAGAUCGGGUCUCUGGCGCUCACGCCCGGACUAUUUCACAGAUUUGGCCGUGCCUUUCCAGUACUGGAAGAGCUAGUGCUGUACGUGUCUCCGACACAGUGGCCGACGCUGGAUGCCUUGACGAUCAUCGCGGAUGCGUUUCCUAUUCUCAGGAGAGUUGUAAUACCGCUCAGCGUGCGCGAUAUACCCCCUAUCCCCAAUGACUGGAAAUCUUCUUCGAUAGUGUACAUGAUGGAGAUAAAAUCGGGGCCCGUGCCCGACCAAACGGCCCUCGCUGAAUAUUUGCAGACUGUGUUCCCUCGCCUACAAACCCCUCGGCAUACCAUUAUGGACGACGUCAUCCGUUGA